AUGGCGAGGCCAAGGCCUAAGGCUACACUGAAGGAAAAUACAGACCCCAAUGUGAACCUCCAUUCAGUCAGGCAACACUUCGAGAAGAGGAACACAACCGGAUCUCUUGGUUCUGGGAAGAAUGUGGAUUGUCAUCUGAAAAUUGCCAAGAAGCCAAUCCACAACACCACCGGGACAAAGCGCGAAGUGAAUCAGCUGGUUAAAGAACCCACUUUCCUUAUUACCCAGCGGGAUAUAGAAUCCUUCAUUCUCCAAUCUAAGCGGAAAGCGGAGGAAUUCGACAAAACCUCGACCACCGUGGCUAAUGAUCUCAAAAUGGAGGACAGUGUGGCUCCGCUCGGAGCUCAGGCGACCAACCCAGAACAAAGAACCCCUCCUCCGCCAAUUUGCGCGGACUAA